AUGUCAUAUGAAGACUUCUAUGGACCUAAUAAUUGCUUAACCAUAUUUUAUGGACUAACAAUAACUAAUAUCCAAACAUUGGCUUAUGAACUAGCAGAAAAAAAUAAUAUUUCACAUAACUUCAACACUACAAAAAAAAUUGCUGGUAAAGACUGGGUAAAAGGAUUCCGAAAGCACCACCUAGAGAUAACACUUAGAUCUCCAGGAGCUACAUCCUCUGCUAGAGCUCAGGCAUUUAACCGCCCAAAUACAGGAUUAACCACUGUAAAAUCAAAAUGUUCAAAUAUUUUGGCAUUAAAAGGUAGAAGACAAGUUGGUUCAUUAACUUCAGUUGAGAGGGGAUUAUUGUCAACAAUUUUAGUCUGUAAAUCAGCUGGUGGACAUUUUAUACCACCUAUGAUCAUUUUUCCAAGGGUGCGAAUGAAAACCGAACUACAGGAUAGCGCUCCUCCAGGAACUAUCUUUCAUUACCACCCAUCUGGAUGGAUGCAAUUAGAUAUUUUUACAGAAUGGUUCCAACAUUUUUUAAAUCAUGCUAAACCAACUGCAGAAGAUCAUGUUCUUCUUAUAUUAGAUGGACAUAUGACUCACACAAGGAAUGUAUACUUUAUUGAUUUAGCAAGAAACAAUUAUACCACUGUUGUGUACUUACCACCAUAUUGCAGUCAUAAGUUUCAGCCAUUGGACGUCUCUUUUAUGGGACCUCUAAAUACUUAUUAUGUUCAGGCAAUUGAGAAGUUUCUACGAAAUAACCCAGGAAGAGUUGUAACACAAUUUCAAGUGAGUAAAAUUUUUGGUGAAACUUACAUUAAAGCUGUGACUCCUGCAACUGCAAUAAACGGUUUCAAAAAAUGUGGAAUUGUGCCAUUAGAUCCAAAUAUAUUUGAAGAUACAGAUUUUAUUGCUACUCAAACUACAGAUAUUUUCUAA